GGUUGUUCCCCGUCCUCGCAGCACCGCAGCACCCGUGGGGUCUCACCCCUCGGGCACCGCCGCCGGGGCGGGACGGACCGGGGCCGCUCCCGGGAGGGCCGCUCCCGGCGCCGGGGAGCGAAGCCGAGCCAUUCCGAUUAACCUGGAAUCGCUACCGGGACUGGGCUGUGCCCCAGGCAGCGCAGGGGCGGCUCCGCUGCCCGGGGUGGGCUCUGCUCGGCGUCAGGGGGCUUGUUUGUGCUGCCGUGGAGCCCUCAGAGAGAGCCGUCACUGCCACACGGUUCGAGGAGGAGACAAAAAUUAAUUAAAAAAAUUAACUGAGCCAGGAUUCCACGCGUUUCGAGACGCUCCAUUUAGAGACCACAGCCCGAGGAUCUGGUGCCCUGGCCGGCUCGCUGUUGACAUCUUGUAAGGGAUAACAAGUCGCUUAGCUUACUCCAAGACAAAUAUUUCUUGUGUUAAAACCAGCAAGAAAUUGCCUGUUGGUACUGGGGAGAGCCUCAGGAGUUCCCAGCCUCUCCUUGCUUCUCAAAUAAAUGAGAAUUUCAGAUGUCUCAGCUCCUCUAACUCUUGAUAUUGCCUGCCUCGGUUUCCUUCCUGCUUUGAUAGGUUCCACCUUCCCUUCUCCACUCAAGCCAUUUGCUUGACGGAUGCUGGGAGGUAUCAGUUAAUCAGAUUCUUAUCCAUAAGAGUAGGUACUAUCCAAGAGGAAGUAGUUCACAAACUUAGUAGGGCCUCCUAGUUCAUAUGAUCCGGAUGUUUCAGUUAGUUAGGGCACAGUGCUAAUAAUGCCAAGGGUGUGGGUUUGACCCCCUUAGGGGCCAUUCACUUAAAAGUCGGACUCGGUGAUCCUUGUAGGUCCUUUCCAACUCGGAAUAUUCUGUGAUCUGUGUUACCUCCUUUGCCUAAGCCAUUCCUACAUAUACUGCAGUUGAAAGAGUUAAAAACCUCAGAGAUACCUGGCUUUCUGUGCCUGUUGCAAAGGCUUCUGGAAGCGCAGUCAAGAAACAAAUCACACGUGUGACUAUAGAAAAGUACCACAGCAGGUAAAAUAACUCAUCAAAUGUUAAACUAAAACCACAACAACAACAGGCCUGUCACAUGUGGCUUUGGUUGCUUGUAAUGUAGGUGACGCUUCAAAAGGCUCAGACACCUUCUGUAAGCAGCUGGGUCUGAGAUUUUUGAGUCAGUUUAUGCUGAUUCCCCUAUAAUCUCUGUGUCUGUGUUGUGACAUGGCAAGAUUGUGCCUGGGGUUUCUGUGCACUAUACUCGUGACCUCGUUUGUUUUAUAAAUUGUUAGCAGCAUGUCAGUAGCCUGGCAUCCAGUUUUCUAGUUGGCCAUUUGUUUGUAAAAGCAAAUUUAAUCAGUGUGGUCACACAAAGACACACAGUCGUUGUGUAAUGACUGCCAGUAAUUUGGUACAGGGCAGUACAGUACCACAUUAGCCAGUGCCUUGGUUCUUCCCCAGCAGGUUUCAAGGAUCAGAUUUCAUAAUAAUAAUUUCCUGCAUCAGUAGUUGUAGCGUUUUGAGUUGUGAAGCCUUUUGUCUUGUAUUACCGCUGCCCCCUCUUGAUUUCAAACAGAUUUCGAAGAGCCUUACAGCUCUGGAACAAAAGGAACAUGAUAUUGCUUUGUGGUUUGAGCUGUUUGACUUGUGAGUGUAUAACAUGAGGCUGCAGCCUCAGUGAAUUUCAGCUCUAGGUGAGAGAAUAUGAUGAUGGUUGGCAACUAAGGCAGAGAGUUCUGGGAAGAAGGGGGUGGUGAGUGUCUGGGAAACAGUUUGGCUGCACCUCUGGAAUGCUCUGCUGCUUACCAUGCCUUAAUUUACAUGCCCAGGAUAAAGGGCAGCUGGCAAAUGACUUAGAAAUAAUGUUGCUCUCUGUUAAUACUUCCCAGGAAUGGCUGAACUAAACACUGCCGUGGAGACCAUUAGACUAUUGCUAUUUUUAAUCAGGUCCAUCAGAGAAGACAAUAGUGCCUCCCCUUGGAAGGUGGACAGAACUGCAUUUUAGGACUUAACUUCUGAUGGGCUGGAUUUUGUCUUGGCAGGAGUUUUUGAAGAUUCAUGCAGUGAGAGAAAAAACAGCCAAUGGCUUCAGAAUCCAUGGUCCCUGAGCAGGCAAAACAACAUCUGAUAAAGGGAAAAAGGCGGCAGCAACAGCAGCAAACUAGGCCUUCCAACAGUGAUGGUGAAGAUGACGUCUUUGUAUUUGAGGCAAAUGAGGCUUGGAAGGAUUUUCACAGCUCUCUUCUUCACUUCUUUGAAGCUGGAGAGCUCUGCGACGUUACACUGAAGGUCGGUUCAAAGCUUAUCUCCUGCCACAAGCUGGUUCUAGCUUGUGUCAUCCCUUACUUCAGAGCCAUGUUUCUUUCAGAAAUGGCUGAGGCCAAGCAGAAGUUGAUCGAGAUCAGGGACUUCGACGGCGACGCGAUAGAAGACCUGGUGAAGUUCGCGUACUCCUCGCGGCUCACGCUGACGGUGGACAACGUCCAGCCCCUCUUGUACGCUGCCUGCAUUCUGCAGGUGGAACUGGUGGCAAAGGCCUGCUGUGAAUACAUGAAGCUGCACUUCCACCCCUCCAACUGCCUGGCAGUCAGGGCGUUUGCCGAGAGCCACAACCGCAUUGACUUGAUGGACAUGGCCGAUCAGUUCGCUUGUGAGCAUUUCGCGGAGGUCAUGGAGUGCGAGGACUUCGUGAGCGUGUCACCACAGCACCUCCAUAAACUGCUGUCCUCCAGUGACCUAAAUAUUGAAAAUGAAAAGCAAGUUUACAAUGCUGCUAUCAAGUGGCUGCUGGCCAAUCCACAGCAUCACGCCAUGUGGCUGGAUGAAAUACUUGCACAGGUACGGCUGCCUCUCUUGCCCAUUUGUUUCCUUAUGGGCGUUGUGGCAAAGGAAGAGAUUGUCAAGCAGAAUCUAAAAUGUAGGGAUUUGCUGGAUGAAGCAAGAAACUACCACCUUCACCUGAGCAGCAGGGCAGUGCCUGACUUUGAGUACUCCAUUCGCACAACACCAAGGAAGCAGACUGCUGGUGUGCUGUUCUGUGUCGGGGGCAGAGGUGGAUCAGGCGACCCCUUUCGCAGCAUUGAGUGUUACUCUAUCAGUAAGAACAACUGGUUCUUCGGCCCUGAAAUGAACAGCAGGAGGAGGCACGUGGGUGUGAUCUCUGUGGGAGGUAAAGUCUACGCGGUAGGUGGACAUGAUGGAAAUGAACACUUAGGAAGCAUGGAAGUAUUUGAUCCUCUCACAAACAAGUGGAUGAUGAAGGCAUCGAUGAACACAAAGAGGAGAGGAAUCGCCCUGGCCUCCCUUGGCGGCCCCAUUUACGCAAUAGGAGGUUUGGAUGACAACACCUGCUUCAGCGACGUGGAACGGUACGACAUCGACUCCGAUCGGUGGAGCACAGUCGCCCCCAUGAACACUCCCCGGGGAGGAGUCGGCUCCGUGGCCCUGGUGAACCACGUUUAUGCUGUGGGGGGCAAUGACGGUGUAGCAUCUCUUUCCAGUGUGGAGAAAUAUGAUCCCCAUUUGGAUAAGUGGAUAGAAGUGAAAGAGAUGGGUCAGCGAAGAGCUGGGAAUGGUGUCAGCGAGCUCCAUGGCUGCUUGUAUGUUGUCGGUGGCUUUGACGACAACUCCCCGCUGAGCUCGGUGGAGCGGUUUGACCCACGCAGUAACAAAUGGGAAUAUGUGGCAGAGCUCACAACUCCAAGGGGUGGUGUUGGCAUCGCGACACUGAUGGGAAAGAUUUUUGCAGUUGGAGGUCAUAAUGGCAACGUGUACCUGAAUACAGUGGAAGCAUUUGAUCCUGUAGUGAAUAGGUGGGAGCUCGUGGGCUCGGUGUCACACUGCCGGGCAGGGGCAGGCGUGGCCGUGUGCUCCUGUCUCAGCAGCCAGAUCCGGGAUGUGGGACAAGGAUCCAGCAACGUUGUUGACUGCAUGUGAGCUCUGCCGCCUCCUCCAAAUUCCAAAGGAAUGAUAAUAGAGAAGCACUGCAGAGCUUUUAAACACUGUGUUUUGUAUGGUAGGUUAAGAAAUCAAUCUAGUACAUUUUCUUUGUGAAAAUGGUACCUUCUGCAGCUGUAAAGCUUUUGGUGACUUUUUAUCAAUAGUGAUACAGAAAAGCCUGUGAUAACAUGGAAUAAAAGUGUGACUCACGGGGAAGAAACCUGCCAAGAGCUGCAAUCAUCCCCUUUUUGAGAAGCCGUAAUUUCAGAAUCAUUUGAGGCAGCUGUUGCAGGGACUCAUUAUUACAGGAACUGUAAAGCAGGCAUGGGGAGAAGGCAGAAAUUGUUACUGCUGAACUUCACCCAACAGCCCUGCUACAUGUUUCCUGGAGGACUUGAGUGCCAUUUAAUAUAACUUAUUUUCUGGAAUGAAGUCUUAAACAUUUCCUAAUUGUACAAGAGCUUUGUAACACAAGGCAUCUCAAAUUUUAGAAGGUAAUGACAUCCCUGGUGCAAAAUAAAAUAACUGAGGCAGAGAAGUUCACUGCCCGCCUCCCAAGGGACUGCUGGCAGCAGUGGAACUCAGUCUGAACUGUCUUUCAAACUACUUUCUUGAGCUAAUACACGUGUUAGAAAACAGAAAAUAUUCUUGCCCUGAGUUUAGCCACUGCAAUACCAUUUUUAUAUGAAAUGGAAGUGCAUAAUAAAAUUUGCAGUAAAGACCUUUAAAUGCAACUCUAGGAGAUGACACAACCAGUAUCAGUAUCCAGUAGCGACUGGUAAUUCUCAAGGUACUGGCUCUUUUAAGAAAGUAGAUAGAUAGCCUCAAAACAGGUAGAUGAUGAAAAGCUUACAUAAACCAAAGAGAAUCAGAAAAAAAAUAAUUGGGAAUAAACCAGUACUUACGUAAGAAAUUGAAAUAGGAAUUUGACAGUCCUGCAUACAAACACAUCUCGUUAGGCAAUCAGAAACUCUGAAUUCCGAGUAAAGUCCAGCUGGAAAGAUUGCUGAUUCUUGUUCCUGCAUCACCUUGAAAGACCAGCAACUGACAAUCCUUUGUGACCAAAGUUUCACAUUACCAGGUUGUUCCAAGUGACCUGGGAGAGCAGCAAACUUCUCUGCGUUCAGGCCUGGGGAAGAGGCAGGACAGCAUGAGCGUAAGGUGCAGUCGUGUUUUGCUGCUGAAUUACCAUGGUUUAGCUGUCCUGUCCAAAAUGGCUUGCACUUUGGUAGCACCCAGGGACACAGUGAAUGGUACUGUAAAUAAUGAAACAUUGCAAUAAACAUUUGUACUUCAAAGGA